CCUGGGUCUGGCAGGUCGACGGCGCAUGCGCAGUAGUCGUGUUUCCUCAACCUUAAUUUUGUCAGCCAAUAUUCUCCCUAUUUUACCCGUGAUCCAUUAUCGGAUAGAGGAUCUCUUUAAAAAUGUCGGUUCUAAACUUAAGUGAAGAUCUGGUCGAAUGUCCCUUAUGCAUGGAGCCGUUGGAGAUGGACGACCUCAACUUCUACCCGUGUACCUGCGGCUAUCAGAUAUGUCGGUUUUGCUGGCACAGGAUCAGGACGGACGAGAAUGGCCUCUGUCCAGCAUGUCGUAAGGCUUAUCCGGAGAACCCUGCUGAUUUUAAGCCUUUGUCGCACGAAGAGUAUGUAUUAGGACUGCAGCGAAUAAAGCAAGAGAAGAGACAGAAGGACGCGCAACGUAAACAAAAGGUGACGGAGAAUCGCAAGCAUUUAGCCAAUGUCCGAGUGGUGCAGAAGAACCUCGUGUUUGUGGUUGGCCUGUCAACGAGGCUGGCUGAUGCAGAGACUUUAAAGAAGCCAGAAUAUUUUGGAAAGUUUGGCAAAAUACACAAAGUUGUUAUCAAUCACAGUACGAGCUAUGCUGGGUCGCAGGGGCCGAGUGCAUCAGCGUACGUGACCUAUCAGAGAGCGGAGGACGCGUUGAGAGCCAUCCAGGCGGUGAACAACAUCCACGUGGACGGCCGGACGUUGAAGGCUUCUCUGGGGACGACCAAAUACUGUUCCCACUUUAUGAAGAAUCAGCAGUGUCCCAAACCUGACUGCAUGUACCUUCAUGAACUAGGAGACGAGUCGGCUAGUUUCACCAAGGAAGAGAUGCAACAGGGUAAACACCAAGAGCUUGAGAAGAAACUCCAAGAUCAGUAUUUAGGAACUUCUACCACUGAUAAAAAUAGCGUAACGCCACCUCAAGCGACCAGCUCGGGAAACUCAACAUCCAAGAAGCGUACGCCAUCUGGUGGCAGCGGUGGCGACGGCAAGGAAAACACCUCCCCUAAAGGCCAGCCGGACACUAUGGCCACCAACCCCAGUGCUCCGGGGGCCGACACUUGGCCAACCCUCACAGCUGUGGGCCCCAAAGAAAGUAAAAAAAGUAAAAGCAGCAAAUCGGACAGAACCAGCAAUGGAACCUCCAGACACACACCGACUGACGAACACAACAAUAAUAAUAAUAGUAGUAAUAACAAUAAUAUUAACAAAAGAGGCAGUAAAGAAAGGGACAGAUCCUGUAACACCGGCAGUAGCUCAAGUAGCACCAGUAGCACCUCAAGUAACGGCCUGGGCGUUGACCUAUUGAACCACAGCAUCAGCCCCGUGGCUACGUCUUCACCAUCGUCUAGCCACGAGAGUUGUACCUCCUCGGCCUCCACCACCCCACCUCCUUCCUUCAUCCCCCCCUCCCCUCCUUCCUCCUCCCCUGUGCCGGUCUCCUGCGGGGUACAGGAUCUCUGCCAGGAGGAGUUGUCUCCACUCCCCACUCCUCCGUCCUCCCUGUCUUCGUCCUCCGAGCGGUCGUCUUGUCUCCAGUUGCCUCAGCAGUUCUCGUCUCGACAGUCCGCAGCUGCGGCCUCCUCCUUGUUCUCCGACAAUAGCAACAGCUUCUUCUCCUCCGGCCCUUCUCUCCCUCUCCAACGGACCUCUCCACCACUCCCUCCACCGGCGGCCUCCUCCCCCCCACAACACAACCACCAGCUCCACCACCACCAUCACCACCACCACCACACACAACACGACACUACACCAGAAUGGGGCGGAAACAAGACCAACGAGGUGUUCGACGUGGUUAACAUGUUCCCAUCUCAGAACCGGUCAAAUAGCGCUUGGAAUUGUAUAUUUGAUUUUGAGAAGAGCGAAGAGGACUUGGCCGGGGUGAUUAAUUUAGUCGACGACGAGUUGGGCUUCGACCCGUUCGAGGAGACAAACAAAGCUCUCGCGGAAGACAUAAAAAUAGAACAGAAACAGCAACAACAGCUACAGCGGCACCAACAACAACAACAACAACAGCAACACCAUCAUCAUCAUCACCAUCAUCAACAGUUUAGUCAUCACCAGUUGCCGCCUCACCAUCAACAGCUGAGAGCUGGUCUUAAAACACUGAUGGAUUAUUCUACCCCCAGUGUACAGUCUAGGCCCAGAUUACCUCCACCGGGGUUUAACGGCCUCAAUAGUUUUAAUAAUUACGGAGGCGGAGGGAUCCCCCCCAGACAGAGUCAGCCAGAGCCCAGCAAGCUCCUGCCUCCCUUCCUCAGCGGGUUAACGGGGAACAUGGGAGCCCCCGGGAUGGGCUCCUCCCCCUCCGUGCCUCCCGCGCUCAACGGCCUGGUCGGGUCGGGCGGUCUGGGCGUUCCCCCGGGUCUGGGCGGUAAUCUUCUGGGCGGCGGAGCGGCCAACGGCGGCAUGGGUAACGGCAUGCCCCCUCACCUGCUCUCUCCGGCCUCUCUGUUAAACAUGGACACACCUCUCAGUGCCUCGCUAGGACCCCCAGGUAUCGGCUUACCCAAAGGAGACGCCUUCCUCCUCAAAGAUCUAGAGAACGGCCUCCGUAACAUAUUCCCAGCCAUCAGCUCCGUAACCACCAUGAACACACUCAACACCGUCAACACACUCAACACCGUCAACACACUCAACACGGUCAACACACUCAACACGGUCAACACACUCAACACUCUGGCCGCCGGAGGAGGAGCCAACAACCACAAUAACCCGUUAACAAAUUUCCUCAACAUGGCCCACCACCAACAACAACAACAACAGCAGCAUCAUCAACAACAGCAGCAUCAUCAUCAUCAUCAACAGCAGCACCAACAGCAGCAGCAGCAGCAGCAACAGUCUCUUCUACACCAGCUGACCAUGACCUCUCUAGCAAGUUCCCACAAAGGCUGGACCAACAGCGGCGCCCCAGACCUGACAGUCCUCGACCCGGCCAUCGUAUCAUCCGGCCAACUGACAGAUUCGCGGUCCGAUUCGCCACCACACUGGAUGAAACAAAUGGAACAGCUGACAGAAGGCGGCCCACAUCCUCUAUGGAACAACCUCGUGCCCUAUAGCCUGACCUCUACCGGCCUCCCUACCGGCCUGGCCUCCCACACCGGACCUACGGCUCCCACACAGCGCUCCGUAGCUCCCAUGUGGCCUCCGACCUCCCCACCUCCAGGAUUUAACUCCAUCUCUCCUCUACAUCACCCCAAACAGCACGAACCACACAAGAUUGAGAAUCUCUAAUGGCAGCAACUAGAGACAUUUACUUGAAGAUAGAACACUACUCUCCCGUGUGAAUGAAGAGAGACUACCUACACAAGAUAACAAGAUAGAAGAAUUUAUUAAUACGGUUGAAAUGAAUAAAUGUAGCAGAAAUUUUCUCAACGUACUCCAAGAAAAUUAUAUAUAGGGGCCAAGAGCUUCUUUUUUUUUUUUUUUUUUUAAAGUCUUGUAUAGCCAUUUACCGAUGUAGCAACGGUGAGACGACAGACAGAGCAAAGGAUUAUGACUCUUAUGAUUCCUUUAGGGUUUAUAUAUAUACACAUAUAUAUAUAUAUAUUUCACGUGUUAACCUCGGCAGCGAACCUUCGAUGAUGUUUUUAUUAUUUAUAUUUUGCCCAAGUUCGUGUGAGCUGAUUGGCCAUUAGUUAAAAUUUGGACGAGUGAAUUAUAUUAUUAUCGUUGUUUUUGUCGUUUCAUCUCGACGGCUUUAUUGAGCUUCCCAUUUCUUAUAAAAUUUUUGGGGUGUUUUUUCCGUUAUUUUUUGGGGCAGAACUAAUUGUUAACCUUGUUGCAGCAUACACUGUUACACACACACAUGCACACACACGCACCUUAUAGCUAACCUCUUUAUAAUUCUCGUGGUUUGGUUGUGGUGAUAUAUAGUUCUCGGUUCAGCUCCUUAUU